CUAGCAUGGAGGAAUUUAGUAUUUAGUGUUGUGCUAACCAUAGCUUUGAAUGAGUUCGAUCUUUAUAAACAUCUCUUCAAGUAAUAAAAAUAUCACAUAACGCUAUCAGAUAGAAGUCGAAUGUCUUUGUAUUUCGGUGUUCUGUCUAACACUGUAAAUGGAAGCUAAUUAACGCUGCCAUUUAGUUUGAACUUUGUAACGUUAGCUAGCAACAUAACUGGACACUGCAAGAAAACAGAGGCACACCAUGAUGGCCAGGGUGCUGUGCAGCAGAGCCAGGCUGGUCAGUUACCUCCCAGGGCUUCAUGUGUUGGUGCAUCGUGUGGCUGGAGCCAGAGCCUUCUCUGCUGCUGGAUCCUCGGGCUCUGAUGAGCCCCACCUAGCCAUAACUCCUUCUGACAUGGGACUGCGGACAGUGUGGCCUGAUGAGAGCAUGGGGCCUUUUGGACCCCAGGACCAGCGCUUCCAGCUGCCUGGUAACGUGGGUUUUGACUCCCACCUGGAAGGACUAGCAGAGCAGAAGACAGGCCUGCCAAACAAGAUGAUCCCUGAUGUGCUGUCUGCCCCGUCCAGCAGUGAGAGACAUGAGUUCAUAUUGACCCAGUUCAUCGGAGAGUUCUUUGAGAAAGAUGACCCAGCCCCGUCUCAGAAUGUCAAUAAAGCUGAACAGUACUUUGAUAAUUCCAGUGUGGAGUGUGCCAUACAGUCCUGUCCUGAACUACUAAAGAAAGAUUUCCAGUCCAUGUUUCCUGAGGCUCCAUCCUCUGGUAUGAUGGUGGUCACAGUGACCCAAAAGACCCAGAAAGAUAUGACGUCAUGGUGUGCUGAGGUGGAACAGGAGAGAGAGCAAAUGCUUGACAAGUUUGUUGAUGGAGCGAAGGAGAUCUGCUACGCUCUACAAAGAGAAGGAUUCUGGGCUGACUUUAUCGACCCAUCCUCAGGCCUGGCGUUCUUUGGCUCGUACACCAACAACACACUGUUUGAGACAGAUGACAGGUACCGUCACCUGGGCUUUCAGAUUGAAGACCUGGGCUGCUGCAGAGUGAUCCAACACUCUCUGUGGGGGACGCAUGUUUUUGUGGGGACAAUAUUCACCAACGCACCACCCAGCAGCCUUAUUAUGAAGAAGUUUCAGGGCAGCUGAACACCAGCUUAAGGACACUGGGUUGCCGUUAAAAAUGUAUUUGGACUGUUUGGUGAUGUUAUUCUUGACUGCAGCUUCAUCAUUUUAACAAAGUUUUUCAAGAAUAUCAUAAACUGACUCAGUGUUUCUACCUUUUGAACAUGUAUGUAUAAAUAUUAGUUGAUAUUGAUUUAUAUUUUUAGAUUCGAAACCCACAGGCUGAAACACUACUGUCAUCACAAUAAAGUGCUUCUUGACUAAA